AGCGCACGAUCCCUGAUCAACGGUAUAGGUUCUACGAGAUGACGUGUAAUUUUGCUCGCUCGUCGAAGCUCGAAAGGGGUUAAUCAGCGACCCUGAGAAACCCCGAGGAUUAAAGAAAAAAAAAAAAAAGAAAGAGGAGAAUUAAUCGUAUCUUGCAGUUCCAGGUUCCAAUCCAGCAGUCCUACGAGGAGGAAGAUAAUUCAAGAUAUGGGACGGAGUCUAGCAAGCUUUGCGCUGUGGCUAAUGCUUUUACUUUCAUUGCUCCUUGGAUGGGCGGUGAUGGCUAGUGCAGAUCGUGCUCAUGAUAAUGGUAGUAAUAAGACUUCUUCGUCGGGAGCCUUAUUCUGGUCCACUGCAAAGGAGGAGGUGGAUCUGCUUCGCAACCCUCAAGCGCAGGAAGAUUCCACCGAGGCCGUCGCCUACGACGACUCCGACGGCGGCUUUUCUUCUCUCGAGGGAAUGUUACAGUGGGCUAUUGGUCAUUCAGAUCCUUUGAAAUUAAAGGAAACAUCUGAGGCUGUGCAGCGACUAUCUCCUAGUGAGCUAAAAAAGCGACAAAUUGAACUAAAGGAACUGAUGGAAAAGUUAAAAACGCCAUCGGAUGCACAGUUGAUGCAAAUUGCAAUAGAUGACUUGAAUAAUUCCUCUCUUUCUUUGGAAGAUCGCCAACGUGCCCUACAGGAACUUCUAGUGCUUGUUGAGCCAAUAGAUAAUGCAAAUGGUAGGUAUUUGAACAAACUUGGGGGCCUUGCCGUGGUUAUACAAGAACUUAAUAACCCUGAGCCUGAUAUAAGGAUGGUUGCUGCAUGGAUUCUUGGGAAAGCCAGUCAGAAUAACCCUGUUGUUCAGAGGCAGGUCCUGGAACUUGGGGCAUUGUCAAAGCUAAUGAAGAUGGUAAAAUCUAGUUCCGUGGAAGAAGCCAUCAAAGCAUUAUAUGCUGUUUCAGCUUUGAUCAGAAGCAAUUUGACCGGUCAGGAAUUGUUUUAUGCAGAAGCUGGAGAUAUUAUGCUUCAGGACAUUCUGAGCAAGUCAAGCAUUGAUAUCAGACUGCGCAGAAAAGCUGUGUCUCUCGUGGGUGAUCUGACAGAGUGUCAAUUAGAAAAUCUGGACAAAGCUGAGCUGCCUUUUUUCAGCAAUCGUUUUUUCUUGAAGUCUGUGGUAGAUCUAAUGGCAUCAGAUGAUCUUGAUCUACAGGAGAAGGCACUUGUUGCGAUUAAGAAUCUUCUGCAACUCAGGAUGCCUGAACCUCUGGUUUUCAAGGACUUUUGUGGUUUGGAUGGUGCAUUAGAGAGAACAAGGCGGCAACUCCAAAAUUUGAUGGCAGACAAAUAUCUCAAAGAUUACGCCAUGGAUGUGGAAAGCCUCCGCAGUGAAGUGGAACUGAUUUUCCAUAGAAAGAUGGGAAAGUGACAGGUGAUACGAGUUCCAACAUGAUGUUACAAGCGUCCUUCACCAACAUAUGGUUUCCAUCUGGCUGCUAUGCUGAUAAUUUAUGGAUCUAUGAAGUCAUUUUCAUACGGGAUUUCUACUAAAGAUAAGAGCUAUGUGCCCUUGUUUUUGUGGGUGCGGGGAAGUUGUUCUCGAUAGAUUAAGAAUUAGACUGACCUGUGAGUCUUUUUGGUGUUAUAGAUGGAAAAUAAGAAAGGUCAUGGAAGGAACUGAUUAAUGUAUAAUUGUAUAAUUGUCUGUUUUAUAUAUUUAUGAUUUGUGAUA